AUGUCGGAUUCGGCGUGUACGAUUCGUACAAGAAAAUUUAAAUCAAAUCGAUUAUUAUGUCGACGACAAAUGGUUGUUGAUGUUUUACAUCCUGAUCGUGCAUCAUUAUCUAAAAAAGAUAUUCGUGAAAAAGUUGCACAUUUAUAUAAAACAACACCGGAUGUGGUAUUUUGCUUUGGUUUCCGAACAAAUUUUGGUGGUGGAAAAUCAACAGGAUUUGCAUUAAUCUAUGAUACGUUAGAUUUUGCCAAAAAAUUUGAACCAAAAUAUCGUCAAAUUAGACAUGGUCUAUUGGAAGUAAAGAAGACGGCACGUAAACAACGUAAAGAAAGAAAAAAUCGUAUGAAAAAAGUACGUGGUACAAAAAAAUCACAAGUCAAAGAUGCCAAAAAGAAAUAA